AUGAUCAACCAUUCUUGCGAGCCGAACGCCUUUGCUUUUUUGGAAAAGGGCGAGAUUCGCGUCCGGUCGCUGAGGAAGAUUGCGGCUGGAGAGGAGAUUACCAUUUGCUAUAUCGAUCCUACGAUUGAUGUCAAGAGUCGGCGGGAGAUUCUGAUGGAUGAGCACUUUUUUGAGUGUGACUACGAGAUCGAGGCCCAAAAGCGUAGGGUGGUUGCCGAUGGAGAGACAAGCAUGGCUACUGUCCGUCAAGCCCAGAUUUCCAUGCUCGACCUGAUCAAGAGCGCCGCCAUCACCGCCUGCAAGUACCCCGGUGUCUAUCCCGAUUUUGCGAACCUCACCGUUGUCGAAAGCAAAAUGAACACCAUCAUGAAGAACGCCUUUCCCAACUUUGGGUGGGGUGACGAUCUCGACCCUGUCCCCAUGGUGCGCCUUUGCCUUAGCGUCCUCUACCUCGAGCAGGGCAAGCCAGCCCCGGCUUUGCGCAACGGCCUCAGGGGGUAUUUUGCUCGUGGCGGAGGCCGGACUGGCCCCAAUGCUGUCAAUAUUCUGGUUGACAUUAUUCAUGUGCUCAUCGCGGCGAGCUGUCUACCUCCUGACUCUCCUGUUCUCAAGGACGCGUCGUUUCCCUUGCGGGUGGACAUCAGUAAUGUUAUGUAUUGGUACCUUUAUAAGGCUUGCAAGGAGGCUGGGAAGGUGUUUGGGGGUGAUUGCGAGUAUACCAAGGCGAUUGGGGGCUUGUUUGCCAAGAUGGUGGCCGGGUUGCCUGCUGGUGCGAGCAGGCCGCCGGAGGAGGAUUUCAUGGAGGAGCUUGAGGGCUCGCUGAGGAGGGUUGUUGAGUGGGCGGGGGUUUGGGUUUAUGAGGGGGCUUAG